CUGUGGUCUUAAUGCUCUGAGAACUGCUGUUCAAUUCUCAGAGGAGAUCAGAGCCAGCGUGCACAGGAAGACAGGUGCACCUUCUGUAAGAGUGGAAAGUCAAAGUCGGCAUGAACUGUUCGUGUUUGUCUUUGUAGAGUAGAGCAGACCUAGUAUUAUUUUUUUGUUGCUUUGUUUUGUUUUGCUGGACGAGUAAAAUUUUGUUCCACUUAUACGGCUGCAUGCUUUUUUUUAUCAAGAUCCAGUAGAAGUGAUAACAAGAAUGAUUUAAAAUGUUUUUAAGAUCAGACAGUGGCAUUUACAAGGAUCACCAGGUAACAAAACGUUGAAAUGUUCAGAGAAUGUUAAAAAUAAGAUGAUCUUAAAAAUUAAACCAAACAUUUAAAGUUUCAAAAAGAAAACUUGAAUAUUUUGAGCCAGUAGGUUUUCUGACCUUGACGGAAAGCAUUCAGCUCUCUUGCACGAACCUAGGAUGUAGCUGUGAUUGAGGUAACCCAGUAAAUGGCGUCUCCGGCAAGAAGAGGACUUAACAUUGGCUCCUUGUCUGGCUUUCAGCUUAUCUUUAUUUGCUCAGCAGUCUGAAGAACGUGGCCCUCUUCAGUGCAGAACCUACUUUAGAUUCUGAGAGUUCAUAAUCCGACAUGGAACAAAGUGUGAAAGAACAUCAAUGUCUUACCGACUUCAUGUCCUGCUUUGGACAGCAUGGAUGGUCUGUUUGAAUCGGGUUGAGUGUCUUUCACCACGUCCCCUCCUUCCUGUCUCUUCAGUGGAAGGAGGGUGGGGGAUUGGUGUGCUGUCCCCUGCCCCUCCUCGUAAGCUAGGCUAGUCAGCACAGUAGCGGUUAUUAUUUUGUGUUCAAUCGUGUUUUCCACCGACUCCAUUCCUUCAUGAAAUCCUGCCAGAACCUCAAGGAGGAGGUUUCCGUCCCGAGUUUUAGUGGGAUGUCACAGGAGGAGGGACGUAGGGCUCCUGUGUCCCAGUCCUAUUUUCACUCUCCUAACCCCGAUCUGGACCUAAUGGGAAAGGUUUAUAAGAGGGAGGUUGGUGGCAAGCCUUAUUCUGUGUUAGUGGACAACAAAAUGUCAGCCAAGGCCUCCAUGGGCGAUCAGAACAUGACUCCGGCGCCUCCUCAGCAUGUCAGUUCACCGCAGCAGCAGUUCUUCAGAGAGGGAGGACCUGGACAGGAGGUGGGAACGCAGAGGUCCCAAGCAGCCCAUGAGGGAUCUUCAGAUGACACUGAGGAAGAGGAAGAUGAGGAGGAAGAGGGUGAGGACUGUGAGGAGGGCUACAAGCGAGAGCAGAUCAUCGUGGAGGUCAAUCUGAACAAUCAGACGCUUCAUGUGUCCAAGGGAGACAAAACUGGAACUAUUGCAGAUGACAUGGAGAGAGGUGGAAGUGAUGACGAGGAGGAGGAGGAUGAAGAUGAUGAAGAGGACAGCCACUAUGAGGAAGAGGAGGAAGAUGAUGAUGAACAAGAGAUUGAGUGUCAAAGAACCAGAUCUAGAAGAAGCAGACAAGGUGCUAAUAGUGAUUCGGCAUCCAGCCGGCCACAGAGGAAAAGCCACCGAACGGCUCUGAGUGCUUCAGCUGCUGGGAUGACCACCAGGGGGCGCCGGAAGCGCAUGGAGCCUCCAAAGAGCAAGCGCAGGUCAGCCAGGUCAACUUCCUCCUCAGCCCGUUCUACAGCUACAGGAGGGAAGGCCGAGGUGGAGGAGAAGGAGAUGCUGACAUGUGAGAAGUGUCCGAGAGUGUUCAACACUCGCUGGUACCUGGAGAAGCACAUGAACGUCACACACAGGCGGAUGCAGAUUUGUGACAAGUGUGGAAAGAAGUUUGUCCUGGAGAGCGAGUUGGCCCUGCAUCAGCAGACUGACUGUGAGAAGAACAUCCAGUGCGUCUCCUGCAACAAGUCCUUCAAGAAGCUUUGGUCACUGCACGAGCACAUAAAGAUUGUUCACGGCUACGCCGAGAAGAAGUUCUCCUGUGAAAUUUGUGAAAAGAAGUUCUACACGAUGGCUCAUGUUCGGAAACACAUGGUUGCUCACACUAAAGACAUGCCCUUCACCUGCGAGACUUGUGGGAAGUCAUUCAAACGCAGCAUGUCUUUAAAGGUUCACUCACUCCAGCACUCUGGGGAGAAGCCCUUCCGCUGUGAGAACUGUGAUGAGCGGUUCCAGUACAAGUACCAGCUGCGCUCCCACAUGAGCAUUCACAUCGGACACAAGCAGUUCAUGUGUCAGUGGUGUGGCAAAGACUUCAACAUGAAACAAUAUUUUGAUGAGCACAUGAAAACACACACAGGAGAGAAGCCUUUCAUUUGUGAGAUCUGUGGGAAGAGCUUUACCAGUCGGCCCAACAUGAAGCGCCACCGCCGCACCCACACAGGCGAGAAGCCCUACCCCUGUGAGGUGUGUGGCCAGCGCUUCCGGUUCUCCAACAUGCUCAAAGCGCACAAGGAGAAGUGUUUCCGGGUCACCAGCCCCAUCGUUCUGCAGACUACUGGACCUCCUGUGCCUGUUCGUCUCUUUUCAAAUGCCUUCUCCUCUUCCUCCUCCCCCUCUUCCUCCAGCGCUGCUCCCGGAUCCUCAGCCCCGGUUCCCGCCACCACUUCAACAUCUCUGGGCCUUAACCCCACAGCGGGGUCUAUUCCUCCCCAGGGCCCAGUUGGACACACGUUUUCCCACAUCCAGCUCCCCUCAGCUGCCUCUCACCAUCAUUCCCACCCCCCCACCACUCAGCAGCACCUCUCAAACCCACCCCAACAGGGUCCGCCUCACCCACACCACCACUUGGUCGUACCCCCCAUCUCUCACCUUCCCCCUCCUCCAGCACUUUUUAAGAGUGAGCCCCUAAACCACUGUGGGCAUGAAGACAGCAGCUUCCUGCACCACAUGACCCCUCACGACAAAGGCCCCGGAGCCCCGCAGCACCACUGAACCGUACCCCUGUAGGCAGCGCCUUGCCUCGUUCCUCGUAGUUAGGCCUCAGUCUCCUGUCUGCUGGAGCCACGUUGGCGGGAGCAGCACAUGGAGAGCAGCGGCGCCAGUAUUCCAGUGUGUUACUAUAAGGCACCGCAGCGGGAUGCUGUUCUGGACGUGCUGGAAGGUGACGGCAGUGUAAAUCAGAACGGGAACAUUUGUUCUGUCAGACAAGCAUAAUCUUUCUGUGUAGAACCACCUUGCAGUUUUAAAUCAAGCUAAACGCACUUCUGUACGCAUAAACGAUUCAGACUUUUGCACCCGCUGAAGUGAAAACCCACUUUUAAAAAAACUGGUCAGCCGACGGAAGAUUUAACAGCCUCUAUAAAUUCAUCAUGAACCUUUUCCUCAGCAGGAAACCACGCGUAUCUUCAUCUUUGUCGAUGGCUGUAAAAGUCUCUCAUUUUCAUCAAAAGCUGCUGAUGAAAGUCGGGUGAUGUGUAACCCAGUUUUCACAGAUCAUCCGAGACAUUUUUAAUGGACUUUCCUCUUUUUGUCAAAUCUGGGUCAUGGAUUGGUGAGGACUGUCUUUGCAGCUCCUUUUCAUAGCAAUACUCCGCCUGUCCUCCCAGCUGUACAGCAGGAACCUCCAGGGAGUCGCAGAAAUGUUGAAUGAAUGUUGCAAGUGGUUCCACCCAGACCUGUUCUAGUACAGAGGCUACGACUAAAGGAAUUUGGGGCAAUUUUGAUGCGUUCCUUGUUGAAAGUCAGAAAUAAUUACUAUUAUACUGGUUGCACUCGUUCGUCAUCAGCCUCAGCUCAGAUAAAUAGCUAUAAAAGUAGACAUGAACUGCAGUGACAUGUAGAAGGCUGUCAGGGGACAGCAGCGACACACUUUGGUCCUGGCUGUGCGUAGCCUACCCGUUAGCGCAUCAGUCAUAAACGACAAAAAUACUCUCUGAACAGGAAUUCAUCUGUGACGAGUGCAUUAGUAAUUAUUUAUAGCUUUCCUACAGAAACACACUGAUAAUAGCCUUGAAGAGUUUGUGUCAGAGGGCCAGCGGCAGUGCUGCGUAACGUCACGGGCCACCGUAAGAGAUUUUUUCUUUUGUAUACAGAAAAAAGAUUUUGUAAAAGUUGAAUCUUGUCUGAGAUUCUUAUGGUAAAAUGGUGCUUUCCGUUCCGUUAUAUAGAACAUUUCCUAACAUCCACGUAAAGACAGAGCAGUUCAUUGAGUCUGAUGGAACUUCAGCCUGGAUCUCCUGCUAUAGAUUUUUGACUCAAUAUUUUUGGAUCAAACCAACUUUAAAUCAGCAGGACUUGCGCUUAUAUUUGUGUUAAGCACUCGAACAACAAAGGUCCUACGGUCACUGAUUUGAUUAGUGACUCCUCAGCUUUCAGAUUAUAGAAGACUAAAUACUGCCACUGUGAGGGGCCGGACACGUGGCCCUGUCUGGUCUUUACCCCACCUCCCUUCGCUGCUGUCGAAACAAUACGGGUUUCCAUGUCAAAGGUCAUCUCACACAUACACACACACAGUACACACAGCUGGGACCUUUUUCAUCGACGUUCUUAACAGGAUUUUAUGCAUUAUUCCGCUCAGCCUCUAUUCCACACUUUGGUGUGGGGCAACACGGGCACGUCUGUCACCUGUUGAAUGUCGCCUAAGCCAAACGUCGGCUAAUGAGUCCUUUUACGUUCUUUGAGGAUGGACUCCGUUUUAAGCUAAUGAAUGGUUCUGUUGUGUAGAUAAUACUGUUGAGCACAUGGAUGAGAAAUGUGGAGAUAAAAAGCAGAGGUCAUGUCACUUUUGUUAUGCGCGAGGUCAGACGAGUGCUAGGAAAGACAUUUGUUCAUUUAAAGACCAACAGUGUGCGUGGGGUUUUGUUUAAAAGGAGAAUUUGGUCUGAACUUUGGGUGAUUCUGACCAACUCUGUGUGGGUGGGCGAUAUAGCAAAUAUAUAUCACAAUUAGGGUUAAUUUGCUUUGAAAACGCCUCUAAAAGAAGAAUAUUACAGAAAAUUGAGGCCAAAAUCAGUUUGUUCUAGUAGCAACGGAUAUGGUUUCUACAUUAACAAUGUAAUCCUCGUUAAAGAGGCUGAGAAUUCAGCUGCAUGAUUAACAAACCGUUUCAUACAUCGUCACAUUUAACCAUUAGCAGCAACAUGCAUGGAAAAGCCAGCAUUAUUUAUAGCAACAGCAAAUUAUGCAGUGAUUUUUAGAUUAACGUGAGGAAAUUAAGCAUAGCCUUUUUGCUAAGAAGCGCUAAUGCUAACGUGUCACCACAGCCGAACUGGUGUGAAUCACUAAUUAUUAAUUACUUAUUUUCAUGGAUGCGCAUUAGGACCCAGCCAGAAGUAUCCAGGUGGAAACGACCCUUAAGCACGCUUCUGCAGCUUUCGCUCAACACUUUCAAGCUUUUCACGGUUUCACGUUGUCGUGUCACCCACCCCGGGAGAGUGUGUUUAUGUUUGCGUGCUUUAGCCAGACCCUUGUACCAAACGCUGCUCACAGUGUGCCCCAAUAACGUGUGUAUUUAGGGGAGUACCUGAGAUGGCUGUAAAUUAGCCCGUUUCUGACAUUUAAGUUCAGUAGUUUAGUUCCUUUGUUGGGAUGUCUGACCCGCCAUUUCUGUGGGUCUUAAUACUGCUGCAAUAUUUGUCGUCAUCCGGUCCCGUUGGGUUCAGAAUGUUGUAUUAUGGUUAUUUAGUUUUUAUUCUAAGCCUUUUAAUUUUGUUUGUAUUCUCUGCACUUUACUGCUGCGUGGGUGAGGCGCAGAGAAAAGGGUGAGGGGGGGCUAGACGAUGCAUUGUGGAGCAAAACGCAGUCACGGCUGCAGGUGAAGAAGGAUGGAGGCGAUUCCUUUAGAUGGAUGUUAUUUUGGCAAGGAAAGGAGGAGAAUCCUGGGUGGAGGCAGGUGGUGUUGAAGGGACCAGAGCUAAUUGUGGACAUUUCUUUUAAAAUAUGUUUAAAUUCACUUUGGUUUUACUUUUUUUUCCCUACUUAAAUAUAAUUAAACACGGACCUCCCUAAAAGUAAAAGCAGUGUUCCUCCGGCUUUGGAAGCUUCACACAAUCUCCUCCAUACAACGUCUGAAAUACUUUUUUCACUGCUUCAUGUCCCAUUUUAUUUCUGUUGGCAACAUAAUUCUCCUCCUCCUUUCUUUGUUUUCAUAGAACGCACUUUCUACUAAGAUCCUUGUAGUCAAGAAAAAAAUAACAUGUAUAUUCUUUGAAGAUGUUUUAAAAUCAAUCUACUUUCUCCUUUGUACUUUUAACCACUUUAUGUAGCAUCACGUAUUUUAUUAUUGUAUCUGGUACAAAAUGUGCAGCUUUAUAAUGUCCUGGUUUGUCUUUUUUGUAUGUGAUCUGGAGAUGGAGGAGAAGUGGAAAACGUUGGGCCUUUUUUUGAUAAUGUACAUUUAACUGACUGCUAACUUUGAGAAGUAAAAACAAGUCGCCAAGA